AUGUUGACACCUCCAACAGUGCGGACUUUCUACGACCGCAGCUUUCUUGUGAUGAAGGGCAGCUGUGCAGCUGGGGUGUACGAGCAGCACGUCAGACAGAUUCUGGCGCCCGGGGACUGCCUUGUCGCCAGGAUGGCUCGGGGAUUGUUCAACGAGCAGGAAGUCCCAUCCUGCGCGGCUUGCGCGAAUCAUCCAACGGCGCCACUUCCCCAAGCAGAAUGCCCUGAGCAUGGUGGAGAUUCCCUUUGCCUGGCGCAAAGGAUUCCAGCCUCGGAAAAAAAACUCUUGAGCCGCACCAAGCGCAUCAGGACCCGUGUCAGCUUCAGGUCGCUGGCACACUCGCCAGGAAUUUCCCAUCGGCCCGCCCCGCACUUGGAGGUGCUACGGGAAGCGGAUCGUUGCUUCUACACUGCGCUUAUGCGAACAUGCCCAUGUGGAUGCCCCCUCCUUCCAGGGAGCCCUCGCCCUGAUGGUGAUGUUGUGGAUCUUGGGCCUUCUGAGCCUUGA